CCCGCCCGGGGCUCAGCAGGCUGUUCCUUCGGGGGGAAGCUCUACGCCUUGGAGGAGACGUGGCACCCGGACCUGGGGGAGCCCUUCGGGGUGAUGCGCUGCGUGCUGUGCGCCUGCGAGCUGCCCUCUUGGGCUCGCCGAGGCAGGGGUCCAGGCCGGGUGAGCUGCAAGAACAUUAAGCCCGAGUGUCCGGUGCCGAACUGCGGGCAGCCUCGCCAGCUGCCGGGCCACUGCUGCCAGUCAUGCCCUCCGGAACGGAGCCCUCCCGAAAGGCAGCAGCACUCCGCUUCGGCUUUCGAGUACCCUCGGGAUCCGGAGCAUCGCAGCUACAGCAACCGCGGGGACCCUGGAGCCGAAAAGAGGGCUCGAGAGGAUGGGCACACGGACUUUGUGGCGCUGCUGACCGGUGGAAGGUCGCAGGCAGUAGCCAGAACCCGGGUGCUGCUGCUGCGGUCCAGCCUGCGUUUCUCCGUCUCCUACCGGGGGCUGGACCGAGUCACCCGAGUCCGAUUCACAGACCCGAGUGGCAGCAUUCUGUUCGAGCACCCUGCGCCUCAGGCCCAGGAAGGCUUG